UUGCCGUCAGUCAUUCCGCUACACAGUCUGCUCUGCAAACACUCUUACUGUGUUAGCGUGGGACUGUGGGACGACAUGAUGCGGACUGUGGUGUUUUGCGGCAGCAUCUUGCCUUUGCACCUUUUCCUUUGCGUUCAUUCUCUGCCGGUACACGACCGGACCGUCAGCAGGUACAAGCAGCUCCAGGAAUGGCCGCAUAGCAACAGUCACGUCGGUCUGAAGAAGAAGGGACGACAAGAACAGGAGGUGCUAAACAAAGAGUACCAUUUGAAGUCUGUACUGACGUCCAAAAAUGACACCGAGUUCUGGAAUCGUCCUCGCUGUGGAGUCCUAGACUAUUCCACCUUUACACAAGCUGGUCUGUCAUACUAUAACCUGAAGAAGAAGAAGGGAGGCCUGAGAACACAGCAGCGCAGGAAGCGAUUUGCACUGUUUGGAGGGCGCUGGGAGAAGACUGACCUCACGUACAAGAUUGUGCGCUUCCCCUGGCAGAUGAGUGAGGGCAAAGUGAGGCGUGUCUUUCAUGAGGCAUUUGGUGUGUGGAGUGCAGUGACUCCUUUGACGUUUAAGGAGGUCUCCACUGAAAAAGCUGACAUCAUCAUUGACUUCAACAGGUACUGGCAUGGGGAUAACUUACCAUUCGAUGGCCCUGGAGGAAUCCUUGCCCACGCCUUUUUUCCCAGGACACUCAGAGAGGGUGAAGUCCACUUUGACUAUGAUGAGCAUUGGAUAGUGGGCAACGAUGUUGGCACAGAUCUGUCACAUGUGGCAGCUCAUGAGUUUGGCCAUGCGCUUGGCCUACAGCACUCCCUGGAGCCUGAUGCUGUGAUGUGUCCUUUCUACAGUGACUCCUACCCUCUGCAGCUUAGUGAGGAUGACAAAAGGGGCAUCCAGUAUUUGUAUGGUCCCCCUCGGCACACACCGCCUGAGAUGACCGAGACCAAUGAGAUUGACAUGGGAAUGCCAGAUGCCUGCAGAACAAACUUUAAUGCCGUGUCCAUGAUCAGGGGAGAACUGUUCUUCUUUAGGUCUCGAUAUGUUUGGCGUAUCCGUGAUGGGCAGCUACAAGCUGGCUAUCCAGCCUUGGCUUCACGCCACUGGAGAGGCAUUCCUGACCAAAUUGAUGCUGCAUAUGAAGAUAAGUCCGGCAACAUCUGGUUCUUCCAAGGUGAUAGCUACUGGGUGUUUGAUGCAGAGAGGAAGAUUACAGGACCAGAUCCUGUGCAGCAGCUGGGACUUCCUAUUACAGAUAUCCAAGCAGCUUUGAAGUGGGAAGAUAACCACAUCGAGAAAGUCUACCUCUUCAAGUCAACUGCUUACUGGCCCUUCAAUCCUCAGGAGAAUCGAGUCGAUGAUGUGCACCCUCGCAGCAUGCACAAGUGGGGAGGAGUUCCCAGCCAUAUUGAUGCAGCCUUUCGGGACAGAUAUGGCUAUGCCAAUUUUCUGAGUGGGCUGCACUAUUGGAAGUUUGACCCCUUGGCUUUAAGGACGAUGGAAGGCUACCCCCGCAGCAUUGGCAUGGAUUUUUUUGGCUGUUCUGCCUAAUAAGUGAAUACACUACAUCUGCUGAACCCGUGAAGAGCAGUGGGCAGAUUUUGCCCAUUCUGUUUUUAUAUAUAUAUAUAUACGGCUGGUGUAUUUUAUUAACAUGACUCUAAAACCAUACUGUAUAAAUACAUCAAACUCUUGCAAAAGUCACUGCCAGCUACGAUCAUAUUUUCGUUUGGAUCAUGAUUAAAUUCAGUUCUGACAAAGCUUCUUCCCCAGACAAUGGCCCCAAAACCAAAAAACCCAACUCCACUCUGGAUCUCAGAGGAGCAGUACUGCUGCCCUGACCUGUCAAGGGGGAAAUGUCCAAGUCUGUGUAAUGCGCUAUAGUACAGCAUGAAGUGCUGUAGUUACCAGUGCACACAGAAUUACUAGACUGGUGCAAGUACUAUUUGUUGUCUUGGGUAAAAAGAAGAAGCACAAAUCAAGCAAUACCUUGCUUAAUAGGGAAGUUGAGACAUGCAUUAAGCCACUGACUGGCUAUACCUAGUUUUAAUACUGAGAUCAUUACAUUUCCUGCUGUUUACUGUUGUCAUUCCAUGGUCAUCAAAUACCAGUGCUAUGUCACAGCCCUAGGCAUCUGAUAGUGACACACAAGGCACUCUUUACCAUCUAUAUUGGACAUACCAGGCUUUCAACUAACUUAAUGUAAAUCCAUCCAUAGCAAUAUUAGAGAACAAGUGUUCCGAAUAUUUCACCCACGAGACCCCUGUCCUUGUCCAGAGUAAAACCAAAAGUCAGCAUUGACUAGUUUACAUUGACAUCUUAACUUACGAAGACUAGACAACACAUUUUACACAAUUAAUUGACAAAGUUAAUUUCCUGCUUAAAACUACGACGAUAGUGGAAUACCUAUGGCAACCUGGGAUUGCUUAGCCUGGUAAGACCAUCCUAUCACAUGAUCUUAACAUUUCUGUUGUUGGCUCCACAUGAUGGUCUGGCCUUUCUCCCAUUCCACCUCAUUUCAAGAAAAUAAAAUAUUAAAGUAUAACUAUAUUAACAUUACAUUAAGGUAAUGUUUAGAAGAUAUGCUGCAGAAAUGGAGGCUCUGAUGUAGUUGGCAGUAUGUAUUAUUUUUUAUUAUUUUAUUAAUCCCACAAUGGGGAUAUUCAACCUCUGCAUCUAACCCAUCCGUAUAUUUACACACAUGCAAGGAGCAGUGGAGCUGCGUGGGGGUGUUAGUUGCUUUGCUCAAUGGCACUCCAGUCCUUGACCUGUCAGUCCUGGGAUUCGAACCAGCAACAAGCCCAAUUACUAAGGCCACAGACUGCCCUUUUGUAGUUUUAGAGUACUUAUCUUAGCUGCAUCCAGCUAAGCUACAUCCCUGAUCUCACAUCAAAAACUCUUUCUUUUGUGUCUUUUUUCCCCAUCAAGAACUCUGUCUUUUGUGUGUGUCUUUGUAGUCUCAUUGCUUUUUAUCAUACAUCGGGGAUAGUGGUCUACAGCACUGAAAUUGACACUGCAUUCAGCUCACCUCACCACUUUGCCCCCUUUUUUUAUUACCUCGGAGUAAGGGGGCAUUGACACUGCCAAGAUGGCGAAGGCUGCAGCCACUGGAAUUGCCCACUUGAGCUUUAUUUCAGCUCUUCAGUGAUCUUCAGUCCAUAUGUUUACAGUCUAUGGGGCAGAUAGGACUGUUCAGACAGCCAGUGAAUCUGGCAUUGACACAGUCAGUCUUGAUAAUCAACUUGGGAACAAUUUGGUCAUGAUUAUUUCUCUCAUUUCACUGCAGCAUGACUGGAAUGAAUGAAGCAGUGUGCUACAGAUUUCAAUAUUUAAGGUGCUACUUAAAGUUAUAUAGGCAAGGUAAACCAGUACCUCACAUGUUACAAAAAAUU